UAGCCGUCUGGCAUGAAAGGGGUGUGUUAUCAGCUGAUUUUUGUAACAGCGGUUUGUACUUUAGCCUAAUGUGACACUCGAUAAUACACUUAACGUGCACAAAGGCGUCGUCGCUCAUUUAUUUGACCUAUUAUGCACAUUUUUCGAUAUGCUUUUAGCGCUGACGACCUGCAGGUGCUAGCUCAGUAGCCACCUAGCUAGCCAGCCAGCUAGCUGAGUGAUAAGUGUUCCUACAAUUGAUAUGUUGUGAAAAGCUGACCUUGUCGGCAGAGCCAGCUGAGGAACGAUUGAAACAGGUUCAGAUAAAGCCAUGGCAGCAGUCAGGUUCAUGUGUUUGUUCAGCGCGAAAGCAGCAGGCUCGACCAAAACAUUAGCUCGAGCAGGAAGGAGUGUGUGCUUCAGUAGAAAUGUCUGCAGUUCACCUUCAAGACUACAGAGCUGCAUGUCUGCAUGGGUCAUUGAUCAGUAUGGUACCAAUGGGGUUUUGAAGUACACAGAAGAAAUCACCGUCCCCAGUGUCAGUUCUCCCACUGAGGUGAUGAUCAAAGUCCAUGCGGCUAGCCUCAACCCUCUUGAUAUAUCUAUGAGGGGUGGUUAUGGAGCUAAAUUGCUUAAAUUAAGAAGGGAUCCACUGUCUGUGACGGACAGUGGUCGUGAGUUUCCUCUGAUUCUGGGUCGUGAUGUGUCUGGUGUGGUGGUGGACUGUGGAUCUGAGGUUACCCAUUUCGUUCCAGGGGAUGAGGUGUGGGCUGCUGUUCCCCCAUGGAAACAAGGCAGCCUGGCAGAAUUUGUGACUCUAACGGAGUACGAGGUUUCCCACAAGCCGAAAUUACUGAGCCACACAGAGGCAGCAUCCAUCCCCUAUGUAGCCAACACUGCUCUGUCUGCACUCGUCAAUGCAGGGGGUCUUUGCAGAGACAGCUCUUCUAAUAAAAGAGUUUUGAUCACUGGCGGAUCGGGAGGUGUUGGAACAUUCUCCAUUCAGUUAUUGAAGGCCUGGGGUGCCCACGUAACCGUUACCUGCUCUCAGAACGCUGAAGGCCUUGUUAGAGGGCUGGGGGCCGACGAGGUGGUGGACUACACAGCGGGGGAUGCGGCUGAACAGCUAGAAAUGAUGGGAAAGUUUGACGUGAUUUUGGACAACGUGGGUGGGGAAACAGAGCAGUGGGUGAUAGGCAUGCUGAAGCCCUGGUCUGGGGCAAAGUACAUCACACUGGUUACUCCAUUGCUACACAACACCGAUUCCAUGGGCCUGCUGGACGGGAUGUUCCACGCUGGAUUCACCCUGCACAGCAAGGCCAUACAGAACAUAACAUCUAGUGGAGUCUUCUACCGGUGGGGAUUUUAUGCUCCAGAUGGGCCCGCCCUGGACGAGGUCAGCAGGCUGGUGGAUGCAGGGAAGAUCCUGCCAGUUGUGGAGGCCCAGUUUCCGUUCGCCCAGGUGCCCCAGGCCUUUCAGAAGUUGGAGGAAGGCCACGCCAGAGGGAAGACGGUCGUCAGGGUGGUUGAAGAGGACGACAGACAGGCCGAAGAGUUGGUGCAGAGCAGUCACACAGAGGCUGCGGCGUCAGAGCAAGAAGUGCAAGAAACGGCGAAGCAAAACUGAAGACAAUAAGCAGGGGGCUGCGAUUCCUCUCAUGUUUUCAGGGUCACUCUUAACAGCAGUAGACUGUUUUUCAGAGAGAUCAGAGGUGCUGCUGUUGGUGCAGCAGACAACAAGCGUGACCUGAGCUUGGACUGGGAACGGGCCAAAGGUUGUUCUUGUUAAAGCUUUCAUCCUCAUGUCCUGUGUUGAAGUUUUCAAGCAGUAUUUCAGUUAUGCUGAGUUCAUGUCACAGAGAAGUUUCUAUAAUUACUAACCGCAGACUAAUAAAUACCAUUCAGGUCAGCGUACAGCUGGUAAUUAUAACCAGGCAGCUUUCUGAUUCUGCAAUCUAUCCAACAAGGAGUUACAUAAUAAAAACACGUCUGUUACAGCCAGAAACUUUAUCAAGAGAUGUGUUUAUCGUCCAGCACCAGGUGAGGCAGGAGCAGAUGAAUUUGCAUUUCUUUGCGUUUGCACCGUCUCCAUGUUGAGUUGUUUGACAGCUGGAAUCUUUCGCACCGCCAUGCUGCAUCUCGCAUUAUGUGAAUGCAGCAUAAAGAAAGUGAGCCAAAAAAAAAAAGUAACCAUUCAACAUUUGGGGAAAA